AUGAGUUCGCAAACGAUACAGCAAAUGGAGUCCGCCCGGUCGCUCGCGUUAGGCGACGGUAGAUACUAUCCUACCAUCAUACCGGGCGUGCUCCCCAUCAUCGGCUACAGUGAAGACCAGAGCAUCGAGAUACAGCGCUGGGGUGCCGACUUUCUGGCCGAGGCUUUUGCGUCGCCAACAUGGCCUCAAGAUGUCAAGCAGAACAGCGCGCCCUCUGUGCUGGCUACCCUGAAAGCCUACCUCGACAAUGUUGAAGACAAGAGCGUCAUCAAGAGCGCCAUCCAGGCGGCUGCCAGCGUGUACCCGCUUGUCUACAAACACAUUGUCUCCGACGCCAGCGAUGCCCAGAAAUGGCAGCUCAUGGCCGGCAUCAAGUCCAACAUCUUGCGACGAAUGGAUGCAGCUGCGCCCGGUGUGCGGAUAUGUUGCGUCAAGUUCCUCCAGCAAGUCGUCCUGGUACAGACACCAGGCGUUACGGACCCUAGGCGCGCCGACCCGAACGACAUCUCCCUCUCCCUCGUAUCCCGCGACCACCCCCUCAUACCCUACGCGAGCCUCGAGGCUGAAGGACACGGGCUGUUGGACAGGUUGCUGGAUAUCAUACACGGAGAUCACAGUGACGGCUUGCUUGUGACUGCGACACUCAACAGCUUGGGCAUGUUAAUUCACCGCCGCCCAAAUGUUGCAAAUAAGAUCUUGAACAGUGUCUUCAACUUCAACCCUCUCAAGCUCGCCAAUUCGCCCAUGACGCCCAAGAACAAGGUCAUCAUGAAGUCAAUUGAGCGCACAACAAGGGCACUGCUUGUGAACAUCAUAAAGAGAAACUCCCCAGAUAACCCCAUCAACGGACGGAUACAGCAGUUCCUUGAACGCAUGCAUCGUACACGGGUUGAAGUGUUCGAUGAAUCUAACCGUAAACGUCCGGCACCGGUUGAGCCCACUGAUGGUCUUGACCCGGCAAAGAGGCAACGCUUAGUCGCUGAGCCUCCAAGUCGCACGCCAUCCGUCCAACCGCUACCGCCUGGUGAAGUGAGCUGGCGACAACUAUACACACUGAACGCCGAGGGCAGCACUGCCAACUUUGAUGUGCAAAACUUCAGGGAUCCCGAGCAAUUGCUGAGGAUAGUCGUGCCUGUUCUGCAGUCGGUGAACCCACAGAAGCUUGAACAAGCUAUCAACGCCGUCCGCGCUCGUUAUCAGACACUCAAACAGACCGCACCAAGUCGCCCUGUACAGCCCCCACCGACCGCCGCCGCAGAAGACGAAGAAGAAUACGAGCCCGACUUCGAGCCCGAAGACGCUGAACAACUCAUCAACAAGCUCGAUGGCAUCCCCUCGAAUCCCUUCUCCUCACAAGGCGGACCGUCAACCGCGUUAGCACCCUACAAGCUGCCCGAGGCACCUCCGUUAUCAGAACAGGAUGUUCAGAAGUACGGUGACAUGACCGUACAUCGAGCCUUCGGCAUGCUGAGCAGUGUAGAUGAGACACAGAAGAGCAAAGUCGCUAAAGGCGGCUUCAACCGACUUGCGGCCACCGAUUACAACAGAGACGCCUGGGUCACUAUACUCUCUCGACUAGCUACACGAGCCAGCGCUGGCCUAGACGAUCCGGAAGAAGGCAUCAAAGAUGAAUACGCCGUUAAGAACGCCAAGGGCAACAUGCACAUCAGCGAUGCGGUAAGAGAUGGCCUGUAUCAGUACAUACUGUACAACUGGAAGUCGCGCAUCGAUGUUGCCAUUUCGUGGCUCAACGAAGAAUGGUACAACGACAUGGUCCUCGCCGAGUCCGCCGAAGACACCGCUACAAACGGCUCGUCCAACCACCACACCUCGCCGAAGCCACCAGGGAACUACCACCGCUGCGCCCUCCGCCUCAUCGACGGCAUCCUACCCUACAUCGAGCAUACCGAUAAGAUCAUCAUCCGCUUCCUCUCCGAGAUCCCCGCCAUCGACUACAGCAUCCUCGUGCGCCUCAAGAAGAUGGCCGAAGACCCUGAGCGCAUCGACUUGGCGUGUAACACACUCCACUACCUGUACAUGUUCCGUCCGCCUGUCCGCAAGAUCGUCGUCGAUAUCCUGGCAGAGAUGUGGACGGAGAAUGAGCGGGCGAAACCUAGUGCGCAGAAGUUGCUGGUUAGGUGGAGGCCGGAGGUGCUUGGUGAGGGUAGGAGCGUCAGUAUGCCUACUAUGGUUAAGAACGAGAGUAGUGCGGGGGCUGGUGGGGAUACGCAGAUGGUUAAGGAGAGUGCUAAUGGCGCUUUGGAGGUUAAGGCUGUUUCGUAG